AUCAAUUAUGUACAAGAUUUUUAUUCUCCCAACAUGCUGAUAAAUAGUAAUCCGUACUGCUCCAAUCCCACUACGCCAUUCCUCGAGCUUUAAACCGGGUCUGUGUCGGAUCCUUUGCUGGAGCUAAAAGGUUCUUGAGAAAUCCACUUGACUUUGGAGCUUAAGAAUAGCCAUGGAUUCUCCUCAAUCACUUUUCGAGGGUUCUUCGGUUUUGGCAGAGCCUGAGAAAAAGAACAAUAAUGGAGUGUUCCUGGAGAACAAGGAAGAAGCUGCAAUGAACUACAUUGGUGUUUUAGAUGUUCAUGUUCACCAGGCUAGGGACAUCCUUAACAUCUGCAUAUACCACAAGCAGGAUGUUUAUGCCAAGAUUUGCCUGACAAGUGAUCCCGAGAAUGCGGUCUCCACCCAGACUAUAAACGGGGGUGGGAAGAAUCCGGUUUUCAAUCAGACUCUCAGGCUGAAUGUGCCCAAUAUUGAGUGUUCUCUGAAAUGCGAGAUUUGGAUGAUGAGCCGGGUGAGGAAUUACUUGGAGGACCAGUUGCUUGGCUUUGCUUUAGUCCCGCUAUCUGAAGUCCUCGUUGGGAAUGGGAAGUUGGAGAAGGAGUUUACUCUCUCGUCAACUGAUCUAUUCCAUUCCCCCUCGGGGUUUGUCCAGUUGUCUCUGGCUUACACCGGAGCCUCACCCGAAGUUCUUGUGGUUCCUGCACCGCCAAAUGCUGUGACAGCAAGCGAUGACGAUAAAGUUGUGCAUGACUCUGAAGCAGUGGAGUCUUUAUCGAGUGAGUUUGAAAAAAUCGAGUUCCCAGAUCCUAAGAUAGUGAAUGAGAAUCACUUGAUGGUUUCUGAGUAUUUUGGCAUUCAAUGCGAAAAUUUAGACUCUCAGAGCUCUUCAGACACUGAAAACCAAUCUGGUUCACAGGUCAAGGAGAGUGUUCUUACUGAACCUAUUGAUUCCCCUCCAAGCAGUGUUUCGACUAAUGGAUCUGUGUUGGGUUCACAUCCCGCAAAUUCCCAGUCUUCUGAUAUGCAAAACGAAGAGGAGCCCCGAGAAUUCCCCAAAGAGAAAACUACAGAUUCAAAGAAGGAGAACAGCUUAGAUGCUGCAGAUUCUGAAAGUCUUGCCUCGGGUAACCUUCCUAAAACCGAAUUCCCUAAGCCUCUCGUGUCUAUAAAUGUGCCAGAAACGAAUGUGGUGCAACAGGACAUUGUGGAUAUGUACAUGAAAAGCAUGCAGCAAUUUACUGAAUCGUUGGCGAAGAUGAAGCUCCCCUUAGACAUCGAGAGCGCCCCAAGCAGCUCGGGGAAUUCAAGCUCAGAUCAGAAAUCAGAAACGCCCAAGAGCGCUGGCUCUCGAGUGUUCUAUGGCAGCCGAGCGUUCUUCUGAGCUUUAACAUUGCCCGAGUUUUUUUAGAGCAAGCAAACCAGGAAAUUUUAACAACUAGGAUGAAGUUGAUGAUGCCAGUGCUAAUGUUUCAUGUUUUAGGUUACCAAAACUGAAUAAUUUCUUGUAAGACCUUUGUGUUUUUCUGCA